AUGCAUCUCAAGUCGGCGGUGUCAGCCGUGGUCUAUCUCAAGGUCCACAAUGGCAGUGAACCUCUUCACAUUACGCUCGUCUGCUCAAAAACCAAAGUUGCGCCGCUCAAACGACUGACAAUCCCACGGCUUGAACUUACAGCCGCUCUUCUCCUUGCCAAACUCGUAGCCUACGUCAAAGGGCAGCUCAAUCUCACGAAUGCUUCCACCUUCCUUUGGACCGACUCAUCAGUCACACUCACCUGGAUCAGCUCACAUUCAUCAAGGUGGAAGGAGUCCGUGAAGAAUCGGGUAUCACUCAUCCAGGAGCUCACACAGCACGCUCACUGGAGACUGGUACCUGGCAAAGAGAACCCAGCUGACUGCGCCUCUCGAGGUCUCUCAGCACCUCAAUUGUCUGCUCAUAAGCUCUGGUGGACAGGACCACCAUGGCUUCAACAGAACGACUCAGCCUGGCCAGCUCACGUGCUCGAGAAAGACCUCGAAGCUAAUCUCGAAGAACGACCUGGAGUUCUUCUUCACAUGACUGCUCAAUCUAUCACUCUCUGGGAUAUCAUCGGCAGGUUCUCACUGUUCAACCGUCUGCUCAGAGUCACCGCAAUCUGCCGACGGUUCAUCGCAAGGCUCAGGAAGGUACCCCAUUCAUCCUUGCGUUAUCCACUCACUCUCGGCGACAUUGAAGAGACUCGGAUCUUCUGUAUCAAGCUCACGCAGGCAGCUCACUUCAAGGACGAACUCAGGACUAUCUCACGAGGAGAGAGAUUCACUAGAUCUCAUCCUCUCACCAAGCUCACGCCCUUCAUUGAUCGCCAAGGAGUUCUCAGGGUCGGAGGCAGGCUCCGAUUUGCUCAGCUCAACCCAGAGAGUAAAAAGCAGGUCAUCCUUCCGAAGGAUUCUAAACUGGCCCAACUACUCAUCAGGCAGGCUCACCUCCAAACUUUACACGGAGGUACUCAGCUUACACUCAGGCAGCUCAGGAGCGGUUACUGGAUUCUUGGCGGACGCUCACCAGUACUUUUUUUUUAUGAGCUGCUGCGCGCGUACUCCGCGUUGACAAGUACAGGAUACACACUAGAGUAUGAAGGAGCGUACUGGUGA